CAGAUCUUGCACUCAGCGCACAAAGCUCGUCUCGAACGGUUACAAAAGCGGCGAUUGAAAGUACUUCGAACAAAGUCAAACAAAACAAAACAAAACAAAAUAUGUAUUCGAUACGAAUGGUGAGCCUGGGGCUAUUCUUGUGCCUGUUGAGCUGCUGGAGCUGGAGUGCAUUGGCCAAACUGGAAGAGAAAUUCUCGUGGAAGCAGCUGGCCUUCGAUUGGCCCAGCCCAGAGGCCGAGGCGGAGGCCAAAGCAAAUGGACACUACAUCGAGGAGAAUAACCUGCCGCUGGGCGUGGAGCGUUGGCAAAACAGAAUCUUUGUCACUGUGCCAAGAUGGAAGGCCGGUGUUGCUGCCACUCUCAACUACAUUGAUCUCAAUUCAACAGAGAAGUCCCCCAAACUGCAUCCCUAUCCCAGCUGGGAGGCCAACAAGUUGCCCAUCGAUGUCAAGCCACAGGAGCAGAAGACGCCCUCAGGCGGACGCUUGGAUGCUGAGAAGGCUCAGGAUGCUGGCAUUCAGUUGAAGGACAAUGCCACCAUCAUUUCCACAUUCCGCAUUCAGGUCGAUGUCUGCGAUCGUCUGUGGGUGCUGGACACGGGUCUGGCUGAUAUUCUGGGCAGCCCCAAGCAGAUAACACCGAAUUCCAUUCUGGUAUUUGAUCUCAAGACUGACACAUUGCUGCGUCGCUUCACCAUUCCGGAUGAUCAGUCCAAGGAGGGUUCCUUCUUUGCCAAUAUCGUUGUGGACGCUGAUCGUUCAGAGUGUGAGAAUGCCUUUGCCUAUGUGCCCGAUUUGGGUGCCUAUGGUGUGAUUGUGUACUCGCUGCGCAGCGACAAGUCCUAUCGCGUCAAGCACAACUUCUUCCACUUUGAUCCGCUGCAGGGCGACUUCAAUGUGGGCGGCGUCAACUUCCAGUGGACGGAUGGAGUCUUUGGCCUGGCCGUGGGUCCCAUGAAUCCCGAUCACACCAAGGAUAUCUACUUCCAUGCCCUGGCCAGUACCAAGGAGUUCAAGGUGUCCAAUCGUGUGCUGCAAAACGAAUCGCAUGUCACCGGUGGCGAUUCCUACUAUGACUUUAAAUAUGUGGGCGAUCGCGGCAUGAAUGGUCAGUCCACCGCUGAGGUCUUCGAUCCGGAAACCGGCGUCAUCUUCUACACGCAAGUGAACAAGGAUGCCAUCGCCUGCUGGAACAUCAAGCGUCCCUAUACGCCCGAUACGCAGGGCCUCAUUGAUUCCGAUUCGCAUACCUUGGUGUUUCCCAACGACCUGAAGAUUGAUAGCGAGGGCACCAUUUGGGUGCUGUCUGACAGGAUGCCAACGUAUUUGUACAAGGAACUGGAUCCCUCGGCCGUCAACUAUCGCAUUUUAAUGGGCAAUAACCGCGAUCUCAUCAAGGGUACACCGUGCGAAAUGUAAGCAGCAGCAGCAGCCGAAUGCCGAAUGCCAAAUGUCGAAUGCCCAAUGCCGUAUUUGUGUGUCGCGGUGCAUAUUUGUAUUUACAUAUGACAUUAUUUUUGUUGGUUAGUAAGUCAGCUUAAUAAACUAUUCUCAAUGUGA